AUGAAGUCAGGAGCCUCUAUCGUCCUUGCGGCUCUUGUCGCCAAGGUUUCCAGUCAUGCCAUCUUCCAGGACUUGUGGGUUGAUGGCCACGGGUCACAAUGCGUCCGCAUGCCGACGUCAAACACACCCGUCACCAACGUUGGCGGCAACGAACUUCGGUGUAACGCGGGGACCAAGCCGGUCAAUGCGAAAUGCCCAGUAAAGGCCGGCGGGUCAGUCACCAUCGAGAUGCACCAGCAACCCGGGGACCGUGCGUGCGGAAAUGAGGCGAUCGGCGGCGCGCACUACGGCCCCGUAAUGGCGUACCUGACCAAGGUGCCAGACGCCAGCACGGCCGACGGCUCGACGGGCUGGUUCAAGAUCUACCAGGACUCGUGGGCGAAGAAGGAGGGCGGCAACUCUGCCGACGACGACUACUGGGGGACCAAGGACCUCAACACGUGCUGCGGCAAGCUGGACGUCAAGAUCCCCGCGGACAUCGAGGCGGGCGACUACCUGCUGCGCGCCGAGGCACUCGCCCUACACACGGCCGGCUCCAGCGGCGGAGCCCAGCUGUACAUGAGCUGCUACCAGAUCACCGUCUCCGGCGGCGGCAGCGCCAAGCCCGACCUCGUCAAGCUGCCCGGCGCCUACAAGGCCAGCGACCCGGGCAUCCUGGUCAACAUCCACGCCGCCCUGGCCACCUACAUCGCUCCCGGCCCCACCGUGUACGCCGGGGGUAGCACCAAGGUCGCCGGGUCCAAGUGCGAGGGCUGCGAGGGCACCUGCAAGUCCGGGGGCGCCCUGGGUGCCGUCGUUGCUGCCGCGCCGGCGGCGGUCAACACGGGCGCCGUCAGCCCCGACGCCGGGGCCGCGGGCGGGUCCGCCGGUGGGGCUGCCGGAUGCGCCGUGGCACAGUAUGGACAGUGCGGAGGGAACGGCUACACCGGCUGCACGACUUGCGCUGCUGGUCUGACUUGUAAGGACGUUUCGGCACCGUACUACUCUCAAUGCACUUGA